GAUAGGUUUCCCCCUCUCUCUCUUUCCCUCCUCUCUCUUCCUUUGGAUUUUUUUUGAUUUCGUCGCUCUGUCAACAGACAUACGCCACGAGCCGAAAUAUCUUAUCACAUCGCUUGCUAGAGUUUACAAAUAUGGAGUGGUUUUCUCAGGCUGCGCACAUCGGAUUUUGGCCCUUCGAACUGGACAGUGACCAUUUCGGUUGGCAUGUCCCCAUGUUACUUGCACUAACGACUCUCCUCAAUCCAAUUGUUCACUUCCUUCUCGGGAAGGGCAAAACUGUCCAGGAACCUCUGUCUUUUGAAUUAAGACACCAUCACGCAGUGUCUCCCAACGGUCACGUCGUCUUCUCCGAUGUCCAAACACGCUCCUUUCAAGCAGGAGAAUUCAAAGUUUCAACACGGGGUCAGACCACUUAUCGUCCUUCUUCCUUCCAAGAUGUCUCUAUAGCACGUUCGCUGAUAGCAAGAGGCCAAGGUCACCUGAGCAGUACCGUUUUAGGAUGGGAAGAGGGCGAAAUUCCUGGACCGGACGUGGAGAAACGGGAGACGAUUCUUACACUUGCCAAAAUGGCUAAUAAUGCUUAUAUCAUGGAGCCUGGAGAUCCGGAAUGGUAUGAUUUAGAAGGGAAUAAGUGGACGAGUACCUAUCCUUUUGGCUGGGACCCUACGGACAAUGGAUUCCGCGGUCAAGUUUUCGCAACUGCAGAUAACUCUACGGUCAUUAUUUCGAUCAAAGGAACUUCCGCCGGUGUAUUUGGAGGUGGAGGACCCACGGCGAAGAAAGACAAGCUGAACGACAAUCUUCUUUUCAGCUGCUGUUGUGCCCGUGUUGACUGGACUUGGAGUACAGUGUGCGGGUGUUAUCGUGGUGGAGGGAACAAAUGCGAUUUGGAUUGUUUGGAAGAAGCGUUGGCAGAGGAAAGUUUGUUUUAUCCUAUUGGAACGAACUUGUACAACAAUUUGACGUACAUGUAUCCCGAGUCCAAUAUCUGGAUCAUUGGUCAUUCUUUGGGUGGAGCUUUGGCUUCGCUUUUAGGUGCGACGUUUGGUGUUCCCGUCGUUGCGAUUGAGUCACCUGGAGAGAAGAUGGCUGCUGGGAGAUUACAUUUACCAUCACCGCCGUCCACCCAUCAUAUCACGCAUAUCUACCAUACGGCAGACCCUAUAGCAAUGGGAACAUGUAAUGGCGUCUUAUCUUCAUGUGCUCUAGGAGGAUACGCUAUGGAGGCGAAAUGUCACUUAGGUAAAUCAAUCAUAUACGACACAGUGUCCAACCUCUCUUGGGCUGUAGACAUCCGGACGCAUGGAAUCAAAACUGUCGUUGAGAAACUGUUGGCAGAGCCCUGGUUACCUAGCGUUGAUGUUGGGCGGGAAGUCCCAGAAGCUAAGCCGGAGGAGGAUUGUGUGGAAUGUUAUAGUUGGGAGUUUGGAGACUUCCCUGCAGCAGCAGCUUCAUAGAGCUGGGAAGUUUCUCUUCGCUGAAGUUUAGACUUGCCGGAUAGACGUCGAAUGUAUCUUUAUCAAUAUUUUACUCAUCGCUCCAUAACGAAUAUACAUCC